CUUUAAUUGACUUUGAAACCCGACCAGAGGAAUGUUCAAUGUUCACGAACAAACGCUGCUCCUUUAAAACGACGCCGACGGACGGUGACGUCACUGAGCUCCCCCUAGUAACCCUCUUCGGCGUCUCGGAAGAUUCCUGGAGAAAGAUGGGUUUGUUGUCGAUUCUUAGAAAACUGAAGAGUGCCCCAGACCAGGAGGUACGCAUUCUGCUCCUCGGAUUAGACAACGGUGGAAAGACAACACUUCUCAAACAGCUCGCCUCUGAGGAUAUCAGUCACAUCACCCCAACACAGGGCUUUAACAUUAAGAGCGUGCAGUCUCAGGGCUUCAAACUAAAUGUCUGGGACAUUGGAGGCCAGAGGAAGAUAAGGCCGUACUGGAGAAACUACUUUGAAAAUACAGACAUGCUCAUUUAUGUCAUAGACAGUGCAGACAGGAAGCGAUUUGAGGAAACGGGGCAGGAGUUGGCCGAGCUGCUGGAAGAGGAGAAACUUAGUGGGGUAUCUGUUUUAAUCUUUGCAAAUAAGCAAGAUCUGCUGACUGCUGCUCCGGCCUCUGAGAUCGCAGAGGGACUGAAUCUGCACACCAUUCGGGACCGCAUGUGGCAAAUUCAGUCCUGCUCGGCACUUACAGGAGAAGGAGUCGAGGAUGGCAUGAACUGGGUCUGCAAGAAUGUUACAGCAAAGAAGAAAAAGCAGUGAGUCUAGUGUAUUUUUCUACAGCCAUUCAGGGAAUGUGAAAAGCAAGCUUUGUGGACUGUGUGGAUUCCCUACCAGCUCUUUCAGGUUAAAGGGAUAUGAGGAGGUUCAGAGAGCCUUUUCUUUUUUUCUUCUCUGAACCACCUCAGCCACUGCCUCAAUUCCUCCGUCAUCGGUCUGACUCACAAUCACUUCAUAAACACUGUGCAACAGCAUGAUACUCGGAAUGAAUUUGAUUUAUAAUGUCCAGUCUACCACUGAAGUGUUUUUGCAUUAUUAUUAUUAUUAUUAUUAUUAUUAUUUAGUCUGUUUGAUCUUGGAAUCUGUUUCAAUAUCUUGAAUUUUUAUGAUUUAUUGCUUUUAGAUGUUUUACACUGUGCUAGAUUUUUUUUUCUUGCAUAGCCCGUGUUAUUUGACUGGCUUGAACCAAAGUGUUAUGAAAGCCAAGUUCUUAAAUAUACACUUUACUGUGGGAUGAGUGCUUGUAACAUGUUUAGCCAACUUAAGCAUCUGGCUGUGGCAGUGGAGAGGUUCUUUCUUUAUGAGGACGUGAGAUUGAGAGCAGUACAUUCACAUGAAGCCACCUGUAAAAGUCAGAAGACUGAAGCACCAUAUCAGCAGCACAGAUGCUCUUGUCAUAAACAGGAAAUCAGAAGAUGGCAUUUAUGACCUCUUGAUAAUUUGGAUUUUUCUUUUGUGACAAAAUCAUAGGAGUAAAACAGGCCAUUUUAAGAGGUGUGUCUAUUUCCUGCAUGUUCUACUCAAUAGUUUUUAGGAAUGUGGGAGGGUGUUUGCUGGAUGUUAGGAUGAAUAAUGACUCCUGCUUUCAGAACAUUAUUUCAGUUAAUCAAACUUAUACUUCUCGUUGUUAUCAUUCUAUCAUUUUUCUCUCUUACAAAACAAUACAUUAGAAUUUAUGAGUAGAAAUAUAUUUUUAAAAAAAUGUCUACAACAUGAAAAUGAAAUAUUUCUCAUUUGCAUUGUCUUAUUUUCAACA